AUGACAAUUCCAAAUAAAGUUGUUUUGUUCUAUUUGGGAUUAUUUAAUUACAAAUGUUUGGGAGAUCUGCAGAUAGACAAGGUUUAUGCAACAACUGGAGCUGCAGUUACCUUAGAUUGUUCAAAAGUAGCAGUGAAUGGAAGCAGAUGGUCGCGACAGCCAAAUCGGGAUCAUAAUACAUCUUACAUAUUAUACACAGAUGGAACUACUAUCAAUCCACAUAUCAGAAACAAGGAGCGCAUUCGGAUCAUUUACGAUCAAAGAAGAGGAAUAUAUCAGUUAAAAAUAUUAAAAGUUUCAGAAACUGACGAAGGAAAAUACAGCUGCAGUUAUCUACUUGGUACAGUUGUUCAUGAAUAUUAUGUUUCAUUGAAAAUAACAAGACCUCCUUCCAAUCUAAAAUUUUUGAACAACAACAGAGGUUUUAUUGCUGGAACGGAAGGACAUAACGUUACAAUAAGCUGCUUAGUUGACAGCGGCGUUCCACCAGAAACAUUAUAUCUUCAAUCAACCAACGGAUUAGCUAAAGAAGGGAGUCAUGGACACAUCAAUCAUUCGUUAGUUCUAAAUAGGCCAAUGAAUGGUACCAGUUUCACUUGCGAAGCAAAAAGCGAUCAACUGGUUGUUCCACUGGUUUCACAAAUUCAACUACUUAUCAAAUAUAAACCAACUGUACAUAUCGAAGAGGGUUCACGGCUAAUUGUUAAAGAAGGAGAUAAUUUAGUUUUGACAUGUAAUUUUUCUUGUUAUCCUGAUCUACGCAGCCUAGAAUGGAAACAUAUGAGUUAUAUAGUGGAUGAAAUGAAUACCAAAUACGGAAGUACAAGAAGGUUAGAGAUAUCCCAAGUGAGGACAACCCACUCUGGUGCAUUUAUUUGUAAAGUAACAAAUGAGAUCCACCAGUAG